AUGGCGGGUAUUAAUACGCCCACCUCCAAUGAGGGAAAUCACAUCAACGACACCGAAACCUCUUCACAAACAUCCAAACGUGGUGAAAUGUUCGAGCAUGGAUCUCAUGAUGAGAAUCCCGCUCAAGGAAUUCCUCCUCGUGCAAAUCGUGUGGCUCAUUUUCCAUCCGGUAGCAAUGAUAAUGUAGUAACGGCCGUCAAAUCAUCCGGCAAAAUCGAAAUGACUGAAGAAGAUUGCUGGGAUCAAUUGGGAUAUUCUUUUCCAACGUACAAAAAAUGGAUGAUUCUAUCCGUUAUCUUCUUGGUUCAGGUUUCCAUGAAUUUUAAUACCAGUUUAUACUCCAAUGCCAUCGGAGGGAUUGUCAACGAAUUCGGUGUCAGUGCACAAGGUGCCAGAUGUGGUGCCGUGGUUUUCUUAAUUCUUUAUGCCUUUGGUUGCGAAUUAUGGGCUCCAUGGUCGGAAGAGUUGGGACGCAAACCUGUUCUCCAAGCUUCCUUAUUCUUGGUCAACAUUUGGCAAAUCCCGGUUGGGAUUGCUCCCAAUUUUGCAACUAUUAUGGUCGGUCGUGCGCUGGGUGGUCUUUCAUCGGCUGGUGGUUCCGUCACUUUGGGCAUGAUUGCCGAUAUGUGGGACGCGGAUGAUCAACAAUAUGCUGUUGCAUUUGUAGUGUUUUCGUCUGUUGGUGGAAGUGUCUUGGGUCCUGUUGUUGGUGGUUUCGUUGAAGCUAAUUUGGCUUGGAGGUGGAAUAUCUGGAUUCAACUUAUUUUUGGUGGGGCCGUACAACUUCUGCAUUUAGUUCUUGUACCUGAGACAAGAUCUACUAUCAUGAUGGAUAGAGUCGCGAAGAAGAUGCGAAAGAGUGGUGAAAAUCCAAACAUUUACGGUCCUAAUGAACUUACGCCAUUCAAGGAACGAUUCUCCAUGAAGGAAACCCUGAUUACCUUUGUCAGACCAUUCAAAAUGUUCUUGACAGAACCAAUCGUCUUAACAUUGAGUUUGUUAUCUGGUUUCUCUGAUGCACUCAUCUUCAUGUUCAUUCAAUCCUUCGCUCUCGUCUACAAGCAAUGGGGUUUUGGAACGGUUGAAUUGGGUCUUUCCUUCAUUCCUAUUCUGGUCGGAUACUUCAUCGCUUGGUUCGCAUUCAUUCCUGCCAUCAAACGCAAUAUUAAGCAGCGUACGAAUAAACCAGAUGAUGAACACGCCCAAUUCGAAUCUAGACUUUGGUUCUUGCUUUAUACCGCACCGUGCUUACCAAUUGGUCUCAUUGGUUUUGCUUGGACAUCUACUGGUCCACCAAUUCACUGGAUCGGUUCAUGCGUGUUCGCAGCUGUAGUCGGUAUUGCCAACUAUAGUAUCUACAUGGCAACAAUAGAUUAUAUGAUUUGUGCCUAUGGACCAUAUUCAGCUUCUGCAACGGGUGGAAAUGGAUGGUCUAGAGAUUUCUUAGCUGGUGUUUUGACCGUUCCUGCUACUCCUUUCUUCCAAAAUAUGUCAUCCGACCCAUCUCGCUCCCUUGCAUACGCCUCUACAAUUCUCGCUUGUAUCUCCUUCGUCCUCGUAAUUGCAGUUUAUGUCAUUUACUGGAAAGGACCCGUUCUUCGCAAACGUUCACCUUUCGCACAACAAUUAUCCGAUGCCAAAGCUGCACAUAACGAAAUCAUCUAUGAGAAAGAACAUCAUGUUGGGCCGGAAUCAGGAGCGCCAACUCAUCUUUCACGAAUGCCGACCGGAGCGAGGGCAAGAAGUUUUGCUCGUUCUCAACAAGAUUUGAGAGUGAGACAAAAUACGGGUAGUAGACCGCAUAGUACAUUUGAGAAAAGUAAUCCAAAUAGUAGGACAAACUCGAGAGCAAACUCGAGAGCAAACAGUCCGGUUAGAAGGGAGAUGGCUGACGCGCAUGAAGCGAUGAAUGUUCAGCAUAACCGGGAUUUGGGUGAUAAAGAUUUGGUUUAA